AUGUGGUUCUCGCACCGCCGCCGCAAAGACCGCAUCCUCGAGAACUCCGCCGCCGCCUCCGCCUCCGCCGCGCCCAAGCCGCCCGCCACCGCAUUCCCGCGCACCGCUGGCCCGCUGGGCCAAGGCCUCGCACAACCUGGUCUCACCACCCCUUUCUCCAUCACCGCCGCCGCCGCCGCCGCCGGCGCCGCCGCUGGUGGUGGAUCCGAUGCGGCGGAGUCACUAGCGUCGCCUAGGCUGGGCGGCGAUGCGAAUGCGGAGGCGGGCGCAGAGCAGCCUGGGGGCGGUGCGCGCGUGAGCAGCCUCCUUGCGGGACGCGCGCUUUCCACGGACGCGGCCCCUGGCGCGGCGGCGCGCGCGGGCGUGUUCCGCAUCCCCGCCCUCCCCGCUAAAACUCUCCCCGCCCCCCUUGGCGCGUCUCCCGUCCUCUUUGGCCGCCCCCUCGCCCCCGCGCCUGUACCCGCCGCGCCCCUCCCGCCUGGCCCCGCGGAUUCUGCGGAUGCGCGUGGAAGCGGAGGCGAGGGGAGGGCGGGGGAAGGGUACGUGUGGUGGCAGGGGGAGGGCGUGCGGAAGCUGUCAGUGGUGGGCGCGGGCAGGGCGCAGAGGGAGGGGGGUGCGGGGGGGGUGUCAGGGCUGAUGGCGCACGAGGAGCUGGAGGAGCAGCACGACAGCAGGGCUGGGCGCGCAGGCGGGGGACAUGCAGCGUUGGGUAGCGGGUCUGUUGAUCCUGGUGCGGGGGGUGGUGCUGCUGUGGCAUGUGCACGCACCACUCCCCGGGCCGCUGGGAGUGGCAGGGGCGGCGCACAAGGCGCAGGGAGCGCGGGGGGGGUAGGGGGGAAGGGAGUGCAGGGCAGCGCAGAGGCGCCACGUGCGGCAGUGGCUGGCGGGGCUUUUAAUGCAGCAGGGACGGCCGUGGUAGCAGGCACGGGUGGGAGGGGAGCGGCAGGCACAGUCGGGGCGGAAGGGGGUGCGUGGAAGGGCGUGGGGCAGGGGAUGUGUUUUGAUGCUUACCCCCCUGCAACGAGCAUGCCACGUGGCCUUGCCAACGGCGAAUCUGCUGUUGCCAGCUCAGCGGCAUGGCAGAGUGAGCCGAGCAGCUGGAGAAGGCAGGAUGGGAGCAGGGAGUGGGUGGCAGGCGGGGAGGAGGAGGAUGAGGAGGAGGAGGAGGAGGAGGCGGUGGAGAGGGUGAGGAGGGGCAUGGGAGGCGAGUACCGGUUGGAAGGGCCGCCACUGAGUGCCGUGUUUGACCCCGUGCCUGCUCUGCGCUUCAACCUCGCCCUUGGUGCGAUCUGCCUCGACCUCUCCGCUUCAGCGUGCUUCAGCAACCGCCAUUUUUCACCAUUACAGGAUCCAUCCACCCACCCACCGUCCCAUGUGCACGCGCGUGCCUGCCAUGUUGAAUCAUGA